AUGGCAAUGGUCAUGGUAUUCAGUCUCAGGGGGAGUAUGGCUCAUCUGGUCACUCAUCCUGUCCAUCAGCUUCUCAUGGUUCAUCUGGUGCAAUCGACAAUCGUGAUUAUUGCUGGUGUGAUCUCUCACACGACAACCAUUGUCAUUGCUGUGGCUGUCCUGGAAAGGAGCGUUUGGAACAUUCCCAUCAUGUCUAUGAAAGCUCAUCGCAUUCUGACCGUCAUGACUUUCACUCACAUUCCAAUUCUCCACCCCACUUCUCCCACUCAUGAUCAUCUCCUUCUUCAAUGCCCACUUUCACUCUUUGACCAUCUCAGUCCGCAAUCAGAUUUGGAUGAGGUUUUCAAUCACAUGGACACCUUCGAAGAUUCUGAUGGAAGCUUCAUUGGAGCUGGAUGCUAUCAGGAUUUGGGGUAUGAGCAAUGGCCUGGGGAUAAUGCCAAUUCAGAUGUCGAGUUCUCAGUGGAUGGUUCCAACUGA